UACGGCAUCACGCAUGCUUGUUAUUAUUGAUUCGAUCACCCGAUCUUCGCGGAGCACGCAACAGCGAGUGCGAGUGUUUGCGGAUCCUCCAGAAACGUAAAUAGUGCAUGACAGCUGCGGGUGCACGUGGCGUAAUCUCUUAGAUCGUUGGUGCUUAUUGACCUGUCGACUGCGAGAUCGUAGUUGUCGUUCUAACAUGUGGAUACUUGCAAUUAAAACGUCGUUGUCACGCCAGGUUAGAGGACACCUGGUAUCUUUAGAUCCGUUUACAUUGAACCCUCCUGCACUUCGGACCCUCGUUGCGACGAUAUAAGUGCGGAUUUUCGUGCUCAGGAUGCUCGGCGAACGGAUCGACGUAGGCAUACUUUGCGACUUGUACUCUUCAUGCUACACGUGUUAUGACUUCAGGAAGAUGCAGCAUUUUAUCAACAGUCCGCUACGUAUCAGAGUUAUCUAAAAAAAGAUACAGUACGGGUGUAUACGGGUGUCGUGCCUUUCACCUGGUCGACAAUACCCCGCUUCCUAUCGUCGGACGACGUAUAAACAAGUUAAAUUACAAUUCAACAUUCUUCCUGUCAACGUCCAUCAAGAUGGCAUCCACUUCAAGUAGUACCAAGAGUAGUGGUCAUUCUGCUACAAAGAAACUGAAUCGUUUAAGCCUAGAAAAGUCGCCGUACCUGUUGCAACACGCGACCAAUCCUGUGGAAUGGUAUCCGUGGAGUGACGAGGCCUUAGAAAGGGCGAGGAAGGAGAAUAAAAUGAUUUUUCUGUCGGUCGGCUAUUCGACGUGCCACUGGUGCCACGUGAUGGAGAAAGAAUCUUUUGAAAACGGCGAGAUCGCACGGAUCAUGAAUGAAAACUUUAUUAAUAUCAAAGUGGACAGGGAAGAGAGGCCUGACAUUGACAGGAUAUACAUGACGUUCGUUCAGGCAAAGUCCGGUCAUGGCGGUUGGCCGAUGAGUGUUUUCUUGUCGCCGGAUUUAACGCCGAUAACAGGUGGAACGUACUUCCCGCCAGAUGACAAGUACGGCCUCAUAGGGUUUAAGUCGCUCCUGCUAGAAGUUGCAAAGAAGUGGACACAACAUAAGGGCGAUAUAAUCAAAUCUGGCAUCCACAUAGCAAGCCGUCUGAGAGAUAUCGUCGAGUGCAAACAGGGGGUACAGAAGGAGGAUGGAGUUCCUACGACAAAAUGCGCCUUGCUAUGCGUGCACCUUCUGGCAAACGGAUACGAUCCGAAAUUCGGCGGAUUCAGCAGCGGAUCCAGGAUGAGCGGGCCGAAAUUCCCCGAGCCGGUUAACUUCAAUUUUCUUUUCAACAUAUAUGCUAGGAGCACGUCUGCCGAGCUCCGUAAACAGUGUCUAGAGAUGUGCCUGCACACUUUGAAGAAGAUGGCUCACGGAGGAAUUCAUGAUCACGUGGGACAAGGAUUUUCGAGGUAUUCUGUGGACGGCGAAUGGCAUGUUCCCCACUUCGAGAAAAUGCUUUAUGAUCAGGCUCAGUUAAUACAGGCCUACGCUGACGCCUACGUUGUCACAAAAGAUGCAUUCUAUUCCGAUAUCGUGGACGAUAUCGCAACAUACGUCGCGGGCGACUUGCGACACAAGGAAGGUGGCUUCUACAGCGCGGAGGAUGCGGAUUCACUCCCGGAGCCGGAGGCUUCGGCGAAACGGGAGGGCGCGUUCUACGUUUGGUCCUACGACGAAAUCAAAGAGCUUUUAGACGAGGAGAUACCCGGACAUGAUAAUGUACGAUUUUGUGACCUUAUCUGUUAUCACUUCAACGUGAAGAAAGAAGGGAACGUGAAGAAGGCUCAGGAUCCCCACGGGGAGCUAACGGGCAAGAACGUAUUUAUCGUUUACGAUGGGGUGGAACAGACCGCAGAGCACUUUGGCAUUAGUGUAGAAGAUACGAAGAGCUAUAUCAAGGAAGCCUGUCGAAUCUUGUUUGAAGAAAGAGUCAAGAGGCCGCGGCCUCACUUGGACGAUAAGAUCAUCACAGCGUGGAACGGCCUCAUGAUAAGUGGCUUCGCGCGUGCCGGAGCAGCCGUGAGGAACAAGAGGUACGUUGAGCUGGCGACGGACGCUGCCAAGUUCGUUGAGCGAUAUCUGUUCGACAAAGAUAAAGGCGUUCUGCUUCGUAGCUGCUACCGCGGCGAGGGCGACAGAAUCAUGCAGACGAGCGUCCCGAUACACGGUUUUCACGACGAUUACGCGUUCGUCGUGAAAGGAUUGCUCGAUCUGUACGAAGCUAAUUUUGAUCCGCACUGGAUUGAGUUGGCCGAGCAGCUGCAGGACAUCCAGGAUCGGCUGUUCUGGGACACGCAAAACGGUGGCUACUUCUGCACGAUCGAUGACUCUCAGAUGAUUCUACGAAUGAAGGAUGCUCAUGACGGUGCGGAGCCAUCGAGUAAUUCGAUCGCCUGCUCCAAUCUACUGCGUCUGGCGAGUUACCUGGAGCGCAAGGAACUGAAAGACAAAGCCGAGCAACUUUUGUGCGCGUUCGGUAAGAGUCUCACGGAGAUGCCGAUCAUGUUCCCGCAGCUGACACUGGCGCUGCUCGAUUAUUACGAUGCGACACAGAUCUUCUUGGUGGGAAAAUCGGAUGCCGAGGACACGGUCGAGAUGCUGAACGUCGUCCGCGAGCGUCUGGUGCCCGGCAGGGUGCUCGUGUUAGCCGAUCCCGAGGAGCGGGACAAUAUAUUGUUUCGCAAGAACGCGAUCGUCGACAAAUUGAAGCCAGAGAAUGGCCAGGCGACCGCUGUUGUGUGUCAGCAUCGCACGUGUUCCCUGCACAUCACGAAUCCUAGCGAGCUCGCGUCGCGGCUGGAUGACUGUAGAUCUCCUGACCUGUAAGCGUAAGGGCAAGAACAAACAAUGGGGAAGGGGAGGAAAGGGGAGUAAGGAAAAACGCACAUCGGAUACAUCUGCCGAGAUGUGUCCUGGAGCUCCAAUUGCGUUCCGGCGUCUCGUCUAAGAGGAUUUCCCGUGUUAAAUAAUGCGACGUUAGCCCGUGCAGAUUGGCGUAGCCAGUCGCUGUAAUGCCCGCGAGCGCAAGCGGAUCGAUAGCACGUCGCAGCCGAAUAAAGAGAUGUAUCCGGUGUGCGUGACGCGAUAUACAACAACAACGCUGCGCGAUAAUCCGGCCUUGUUCCUGCAUAUCGCAUUAUAACCAUUUAUCUUUGUUCUGAAUAAAGUUGUAACUGUCUAUACCCACACACACACACACGCGCGCAAAAAAAUACCAAGUGUCUUUUCCUCUUUCGCUUUUUCCCUAUUCCCUUUCUCUUUUCCUCCCUCUUUCUUUCUCUCCUCUCUCUCUCUCUAUCUUUCGUUCUUUCUCUCGUUCUCUUUCCAUCACAGUUAUUAACAUCCCUGAGAAGCAUGUUUCGUGAAACAUCAAAUACCGCAGAUUAUGCCAGCCACUUGAAACGGCCGAACGGCGAACGCGAAACGCGCGUGGUUGGUUUCUAUUUUCGGCCGCGCGCGCGAAGUCGAUUAAGGUCGACGACGGCACGUUUGUACUCUCCAACAAAUUUGAUCGUUUCCGGACGUAGCGCCGACUUUAAUCAUGUAUUCGGUAUCCGGUAGUUGAUUGUAUGGUCGCUACCUUGUCGUUCCCCUGUUCGAAAAUCACGGCGAUAUUACAGCGUAACUCAUCCGUUUUCUGAUUUCUGAGCGAAAUCGGAAGUGAAGCGCACAUAGUGUUGAUAAGAGCGAUACGAUGUUCAAGUUUCGAUUUUGUCAUUGUAAGCUUCAGCCAGCGAGCCAGGAAGUUUCAUUUAGAAGGUCCUCGCGUAAAGCAUCAGAAAUGCGUCUGCUCUUUGUCAAGCAGGUAUUGAAUGUAACAUAAUUUGUUAUAAUGAGUGUACAAUAAGUACAAAAUUUAUUGUAAUGAAUAAAAUAUAGUUAUACAAAG